AUGGGCGAUGUUCCUGAGGUCCAGGUUACUUCCCAAGAGGCGCAGAAAGCCCUUCAAGAUUUGUUCCAAAGCAGCGUGGGUGACGCCGAAAUCGAUGGAAUUGAUAUGGAACGUGACGCCCACGUCGAGGGCUUCAGGGACACGAUCAAGCUCAUGCCCCAUCAGGUCAAGGGUCGAAUGUGGAUGAAGAGCAGAGAAGAGGGAAAGGCGAAGGGAGGUAUUUUGGCAGAUGAUAUGGGUUUGGGAAAGACCAUUCAGACGUUCACGAGGAUCGUGGAUGGGAAGAGGACCGAUAAAGAGAAGGAAGAAGGGUACGCAAGAGGUACCUUGAUCAUCUGCCCCGUCGGCCUGAUCAAGCAAUGGAGAGAAGAGCUUGGGAAGAUGACAGUCGGGCUCAAAGUCAUUGAACAUCAUGGGUCGGGUCGCACUAAAGGCAUUGUCCUUGAGCGUGCUGAUGUUGUCAUCACAUCCUACAGUGUGGUCUCGUCAGAGCAUGGAGCUUCCGAGGGGGGCUCCGAUCACUCCAAGACCGCAAAGAAACCGAAAGCAAAAGCAAAGACGGGACUCGAGGACUUCAUCGCCGAAGGUAGUGAUGAAGAAGACUCCGACGAGUUCGCUCAACAAGUGGUCAAGAAGAAGUCCAAGAAAAAGCCUGCAUGCCCCUUAUUCGAAAUCGAUUGGUUGCGGAUUGUCCUCGAUGAAGCUCAGAACAUCAAAAAUAAGUCCGCCAAAAUGAGCAUUGGUUGCUGUGCGCUCAACAGCAAAUUCAAGUGGUGUCUGACCGGUACCCCCAUCCAAAAUAGCGUUGAUGACCUGUAUCCUCUGCUCAAGUUCUUGGUCGUCAAGCCUCUGAAUGACUGGACCCAGUUCCGCCAGCAUAUAUCUCAGCCUGUGAAGGCUGGCAAACCUGCUUGCCCUAUGAAACGUCUGCAAGUCAUCCUGAAGGUUAUCAUGCUUCGCCGCACGAAGACUGACAUGAUCAACGGGCAGCCUUUGCUGAAGUUGCCCCCUCGCGAAGUACAAGUCGUGCAGUGCGAAUUCGAUAAGGACGAGCGCGAAUUCUACGCCGCACUCCAAGAGCGUACCACGCUCACGUUCAACAAGUUCUUGAAAAGAGGCGACGUGAUGAAAAACUAUACUAGCGUCUUGGUGCUUUUGUUGAGGAUCCGACAAGCAUGCGGUCAUCCUGGACUUGUCAGCAAGGACUUCAGUGAAGAAAAGGAUGCGCUGGAUCCAAAGGCAGGAAAAGACGACAAAGAUGAGCAAGAGGUCACCCAACAGGAAGAAGACGAGCUGGCUGACCUGCUUGGGAAAAUGAAUGUGGGAGAUAAGCCUGAAAUGUGUCCCAUCAAUUUAGAUUCAGAUGACUCGGACGAGUCAGUUGUUGCAAUUCCCCGCAAUGAAGCUGCCUUCCCAAAGAAAUCCCAUAAAUCCAAUGGAUUACCAAAACUUCCCCCGAGCAGCGCGAAGAUCCGCAAGAUCGUGGAACUGUUGACAGAUAUCGCGGAUAGAUCGAAUCGUGAAGAAAAGACUAUCAUAUUCAGCCAAUUUACAGGUAUGCUCGACCUGUUGGAGCCGUUCUUAAAGCAUCAUGGCGUGAAGUUUUCCAGGAUCGACGGCAGCCUUAGACCCGUUGAGCGGGAGCAGGCCAUCAAUAAGAUCAAGAACGACAAAGCAACCACUGUGAUCCUGAUCUCGUUCAAAGCUGGUGGCGUGGGACUCAACCUCGUAUGCUGCAACAACGUCAUUCUAGUGGAUCUUUGGUGGAAUCCGGCACUGGAGGAUCAGGCGUUCGACCGUGCUCAUCGUCUUGGACAAACGCGAGCAGUGAAUAUCUACAAAUUAGUCAUUGAAAACACGGUGGAAGACCGUAUUCUAAUUAUGCAGGACAAGAAGCGUGAAGUGGCAACGGUGGCUUUGAGCGGCGGCAAGCUCAGUAAGAACAAGCUCGAUCUGAAUGAUCUCAUCGCAUUGUUCAAGCCCUCCAAUGGGCGUGACGACGAUGACGAGUAA